UGGGGUUCAGGCAAUGGAGUAUCUUCUCUUUUCUCCAAAAAGCACUUUUGACACUUGGUUGAACUCCAGUUACACUGCCUGGACAAUUGAAAUCAUCCUUGCCGUUCUGUGUGGACUGGGUCUCUUUUUUCUGUUCCUUCCCUGCCACCAGAAUAAUCCAUCUUUUCCUCGUCCUAGGAAACGUGGAACUAGCAGGAAGCAUCGAAUGGAUCUGAGAGGGAGAAGCAGGAGUAGGAAGAGAAGCGGAGCUUUGAAAGUUUGCAGAGAUUGCCUGGAAGAGCUGGAAGGGAUCCGCAACCUGGUUUUACUUCUUCAGAGCCAUGUGGGAAGUCUCCCUGAUAAAAAGAGUUUUCAUCAGCUCUCCUGGCAAGAUCCUCCUGGCGUGGGACAGGAAGCAGCUCCUGCUGGAGCCCACCAGCUCAGCAUGGAGCCUUUGGAGGAGGCUGUUUCCACCAUAUCCCCAGCUCCUCUGACCCAGGACCCUGUGCCUUUGGCCUCCACCUUAUCAGCAGAACCUCAAGACAGAUCCAACUUGGAGAAAAUCCCAUUCGGUACUGUUGCAAAAAGCUCCCCUCCAGGUAACUCUUUUUUGGCAUCUACCAUCUUGGCCAUGGCAAACCUUGGCCUCUUCACAAGCUACCCCAUUUCUUUCCUGUCCUGCUGGUGGGACACUACAAAGGCCUUGUUCUUUCCUACCUCAUCACAGAGCAAGUCCUGGAAAGAAGACCUGUCCCCCUACCCAACAAAGGCCCCAUCCUGGGGUGGCAAUAUAGACAAGCAUGUAGAGAUUGGUAUCCCCUCAUUUAUCCACCCUGAUGUCCAAAAGCUGCUGGAGAUCCUAAUCACCAAGAGAGCAGAGCUGAGGAUUUGUAAGGAGGGAAAAAAGGACAGGUCAUUCUCAGAGCAAAUGAGCCCAGACUACCAUCUGAACACUUCAGGGAAUAUGUGGAAAUCACUGGGUACUGAGCAGGAUAUCACAACCCCUCAAUCUUUCUGGAACGUGAAAGACAAACCAGAGCAGCUACCUGAGCCACAGCAUCUUUUACAUCCUGAGAGUCUGAGGGAUCACAUAGAGCAGAAAUACAGCCAGCUCUUUUGGGGUCCCCCCUCUCUGCACAGUGAGUCCCUGGUGGCAGCAGUCAUUGUCCCUGGGAGCUCCUCUCAAUCACAGGCACCCUUUGUUUUAUUCAAUGGAAUCUCUACUGUCUUUCCAGUCUCAAUUCAACCUGAAAUACCUUUAAGUCUUUCCCAGGACCCACUCUUGCCCUGUGCUGGGGCCCAACCCCAGCCUUUCACUCAAAACUUGCCUGUGUACCAGCCCCCACCUAUGGUUCAGAUCCAAGGCCAGCCCUACCUCCCAUCUCCUCUCCUCUUCAGACCAACUUAUUCUUCACCCCAGGUGAGUACCUGUGGGCUCUACUGUCUUCCAUUUCAGAACAACCCACUAUAUUUUAUCCCAACUGAAACUCAAAGUCUGGAGUACCCCUUGUUGCAGAAGCAACUGAAAACUGAGAUGCCUUUACCCUCUGUGAACAAGAGAUCACAGGAAGUCUUUAGCCAACUCAUUCCCAACUGUCCCCAGGACACUGGGGAGCCCCAGGCCCAAAGGUUAGUCCCUGGUCCUCAUGGAGACUUAAUCAAAUCUGAUCUCCAGAAGCAACAUCUUCAAAAGAAGCCCAUGGAAGAUCAUCUCAAAGGGAACCGGCUCCGCAGCAUCCACCUGUCUCUACAACUGAGUUCAUCUCAGUGCCAAUUCCUAGUGACUUAUCAGGCCCAGGGAAAGCAAGGAUCCUGGCAGCUGUCUGCUUUUAGAGGCAAAAGGAGCCAGGAUGCCCAGAAGACAAGGUCCAGGUGCCCUAGGAGAUCCCAUCGAAGGAGUCAGAUGAAGUUCCAGCUAGAAACAGAUUUUAGCGAGGGUCUAAGGCCAUGUCUGAAGGGUAUCUCGAAAGACCCCUCCAGGUCCAGCUUCCCCAAGAAGUUUCUGCAAACGAACUCUGAGAAGGAGUCAGAAAGAUACUUGCUGAGGCCCUCAAAGAGUGAUUUGCUGAGGCCAUCGAAGAGUGACUCCAGAGAUUACUUACUCGGUGGCCCAGAUAAGAAACACCUAGAAAAAGUCUUAAAAGCCCAUUUAGACAAAAAGUUGAGGCAGAUUGAUCAGGGUUUGUUCCCUGUGACAGUGCGUCAGUCCUGGCUUGCCGCCACCCAUGCUUCUAAGACCCACCUUCACAAGGAAAUCAGAACUCGAGCAUCAUUGAAGCAUUGGAAACCCCGUAUAAAUAUCUCCCAUGAGCUUUCUUUCCUCAAUCCAAGCAUUCAACAAAUGCUGGAAGCACAUAUCAUAAGGUUUCGGGUAAGGCACAGGUGGGACACAUCCAAACAGGGCUCUGAGCCUGUAAAUCUCAAACCCUCGUCCCUUCCAACAUCCACAUUUUCCCGCUCAGCCAUCUGGCAACCUGGGCCACAGUCAAAAACCAACGUUUCUAAGUUCUUGGGAAAACCUCAGCCCCGUCAGGGAAAGCAAAUGAUAACAAAAGCAUCAGUUCCCUCCCUGGAGAGUCCCUUCCCAGCUCCCAUACCUGCAAGGUGGGAUAUCCAGAGGGCCCUGGGAAAGACUUCACCUGGUGACAGUUGUGGGCCCUCAGAGGCCCCACUGACUGGACAGAAGGGCAGGCCACCUUGUCAGAUGCCUGCACCCAACCUCAAGGGUAGAACCCGGCAGAGUGGGACUGUCCUGAGGGCCAGGAAAAGCAGCCUAAACGCCAGUCUCAAAAGGGAAGAGAGUUGGGCUUGGCUGUCAAAAUAUCCCUGCCAUAAUGCAUUAUUACUGGACAUGGGCUUAAAAUCCCAGUCUUCAAGGGCCAAACAGAAAGCCAAGGAAGACCCUGCCUGGGAAGUCUUCUUGGGUUCCACUGUGCCAGUCAACUCCCAAACCAGCAACAUGGAUCUGAGGAAAUCAGAUGAGCCAGUCACCAAGAAAACUCUGCCACCACCCACAAACUCAGUUGGCCGAUAUUCAGCGGAGCCACGUUUUAAAACACAGGUGGCUAGUAAAUUUGAGUUGGGAAGCAAGUUAGAAUCAGAGAACCAGCUUCAAGGCCAUGCCACUGGUGACCUCCUGCAACAGUCUCACACUGAUGUCCUCCUUCAAGACUAUACCACUGGCAUGCUCCUCCAGGACUUUGCCACCAACCUGCUCCUUCAAGACCCUCACACUGAUGUGCUCCUUGCUGCAGACAUCUUGGCUUCUCACAGGUCAAGUUCCCAGAUGGAAUAUGCUCGUGGGGACACACCAGCUUCACAGGUGCCAUAUGACCUCAAAGUGAGUGCACAGAGCACCCAGGAACAGCAGAAAUUUCAAAAACCAAAACUGAAGGACCCAUUUAAGAGCCAGAGAGAGAUGCUUGCUCCAACUGAAGAGUGGAGGGACUUUCAGAGUUUCCAACCAGGAGAACAUGAAGAAAUGAGGAGUAUCCAGAGACAACAGAAACACAGGAAACCAAAAGUGAGGGACCCAUGUAAGGGCCAGUUUGCCUCAGCUGAUGAAGGGGAGAUUUGUGAGAAGCUCGAGCCAGAAGAAGAUAGAGAAACCAUCAGCCAAGGCAAGAUGUUUGCUCCAACUGAGGAGAGGAGGGGUUGUAAGAGACUCCAACAAGAAGAGGAUGAAGACAUGAAGAGCAAGAGGGAGAUGCUUGCUAUAGUUGAUGAGUGGAGGAAGGCUAGGAGGCUCCAAUCAAGAAGACAGCAGAAACCAAAAAUUAGGGAUCCUUGUAAGGGCCCAUUUGCCUCAAAUCAGGAGGAGGGGAUCUGUGAAAACCUCGAAUCAGAAGAGGAUGAAGAAAUAAACAGCCAAAUUGAGAUGUGUCCCCCAGCUGGGGAGUGGUGGGAUUUUAACAAACCCCUACCAAGAAGACUUCAAGAAACUGAAAGCCAGAGCAAGAUACUCACCUCAAUGGAGGCCUGUAGGGCUUUUAAGAGAUUCCAACCAGGAGAGCCUGAAGAAAUGAAGAGCCAGAGGGAGAGGCUUACCCCAACUGAGGAGUGGAAGAGUAUUAGGAGGCUCCAACCAGGAGAACGUGAAAAAGCAGAGAGUAGCCAACAACAACAGAAACCCAGGAAACCAGAAGUCAGGGGCUCAUGUAAGGGCACAUUUUCCUCACUUGAUGAAGGGGAGAUCUGUGAGAACCUUGAACCAGAAGAAAGUGAAGAAAUGAACAGCCAAACUGAGGUGUGUCCCACAGCUGAGGAGUGGAGGGGUUUUAAGAAGCCUCCACCAAAAGGACAUGAAGAAACCAAAAGCAGGAGCAAGAUGCUCACCUCACCUGAGGAUGGCAGGGCUUUUAAGAGGCCCCUACCCAGAGAGUCUGAAGAAACUAAUAGUCAGAACAAGAUGCUCAUUCCAGCUGAUGAGUGGAAGGCUUUUAAGCGGCCCCCACGAGAAGAUCAUGAAAAAACAAAAAGUCAGAGCAAGAUGAUCACCUCAACUGAAGAGUUGAGUAUUAGGAAGCUCCAAGCAGGAGAACAAGAAAUGGGGAGUAGUCAACGACAACAGAAACAACAGAAACCCAGGAAACCAAAAGUUAGGGACCCUUGUAAGGGCCCAUUUGCCUCAAUUGAUGAGGGGGAGAUCUGUGAGAACCUUGAACCAGAAGAGGAUGAAGAAAUGAAAAGCCAAACCAAGAUGUGUCCCCCAGCUGAGGAGUGGAGGGGUUUUCAGAAGCCUCCACCAAAAGGACAUGAAGAAACCAAAAGCAGGAGUGAGAUGCUCACCUCACCUGAGGACGGCAGGGCUUUUAAGAGGCCCCUACCCAGAGAGUCUGAAGAAGUGAAGGGCCAGAGGGAGGUGAUAACCCCAGCUGAGGAGUGGAAGAGUGUUAGGAGGUUCCAACCAGGAGAACAUGAAAAAAAAACAUGUAGUCAACGACAACAGAAACCCAGGAAAACAAAAGCUAGGGACCCAUGCAAGGGCCCGUUUGCCUCAGUUGAUGAGGGCGAGAUCUGUGAGAGGCCCAAACCAGAAGAAGAUGAAGAAAUGCAUAGCCAAAGCAGGAUGUUGGCCCCAACUGAUGAGAGGAAGGGCAAUUGGAGGCCCAAACUGGGAAAGUAUGAAGAAAGGAUUUCAGGACGAAGGGCUUCUCAUACCAGAGUGAUGAGCCAGUCUCCUCAGGCGAGAGAAACAGAGUCUCUUGGGGGCAAAUACCUCCAGUUCUCACCAGAAAAGGAACAACUUUUACCAGAAAGCUACUUGAAAAAAAGGAUGAGGCACUUUCUGCAGUGUCUUAGCGCCAAUAAAAAAGACAAACAAAUGGAAGAAACCUCUCAAAAAGGCAGGCCUGCAUCAGUGGCUGCUCAGUGCCAGGAACAAAUCAAAGACAAAUUCAUUGUAGAUGGCAGGAUUAUUGAUCCUGAGAUGAUUGGAACAGUUGUUGGACAGGUCCUGGUAGAGAAAUUGGGGUUUCAACAAGGAACCCACACCUCAGAAGUAAAUCACCACAGAGAACAGCUUCAGGCCCUAGUGGGUGGGCAUUCUCACCACCACAGGACUCUCUGUUCCUCAGAACAGAGAAAAAUGUUGAAAACUUCAGCGCACAGUCACCAAGCCAAUCCCAAGGACCACAGCCAUCUUAGCAAGAGCAGGCAUACCAGAGACAGGGGCGACAGGCGGACCUUCCCACCCAGGGAGCCAGAGUCCACAGUCAGACCCUGCCAGCAUGGUCCAGGGGACCUGCACCAUUGCCCAAUAUGCUGGCCUCAAAAAUGUGUCUCCUCUGGUCAACAAGAGCGUGCUCCUCAUGCCUCUCCUGGUAGGAAAAUGUUUGUACAAGAAAAAAUUCAGUACCUGCAGAGAAACCCUGUUUUUUCUCAUGUUAACACAUCAUCUAUGUGCUAAAGUCUCCUUUCUACCACAACUUUUUUUAUUAUUUCC